GUUCUGGUGUGUCUUUGAGAGUUUGGAGUGGCGCCAUGGAUGAGCGUCUGGUGGAUUUGCGAGAGCAGCAGCUGGAUUUGUUAGAGCGCGUUUACGAUGCGCUGCUCCGAGUGCACUUCCCUGUGCCCGGUGAACUGGAUGAUUUGGAGACAAUGCGCGCCGGCCUGCAGUCAGAAGUGGAUGGCUUGAACCCGGAGCUGCAUGUUUUGGUGCUGCUGCAGGGCUCGGAGCUGGCCGGCUGCACCUGCUAUGAGUAUUACCCUCGAGGAAACCACUGCCUCAUUAGCUACGUGUGCGUCUCAGAGCGUUUCCGGCGCAUGGGCAUCGCCAAGCGGAUGCUGGUGCAGGUGCAGCUGCAGCUGAGCCAAAGGGCGCAGCAGCCGCUGGCGGCCAUCUUCGCAGAGACACACGCCUUUGAUGUGCAGGACGGCAUCAUGAACCCUCUGGAACGGCAGGAGGUCCUCGCAUCCCUAGGUUUCAGAUGCUUGGAGUUUGACUACACUCAGCCUCCCUUGAGCGAGCGCCAUGAGCCGUGUGGAGGCUUAAAGCUGCUGGUGAAGGACAAAGAUUCGCUACCAUCAGCAGCUGUGGUCAGCUACUUGGAUGACUUUGCAGGAAGUGUAUUUGGCUGGGAGGAGGAGCCUUGGAAGACGGAGCCGUGGUAUCUGCGCCAGCUAGCGUCGCUGAGUGAGACGGUGUUGGCGCGCCAAGAGCGGCCAUGGUGAUAGUGGCGGAUGCCGAAAAAGGAGGGGAAUAACAGGAGGACUACCCC